AUGAAGGGUGUGAUGAGGUUCGGGAAGAAAGGCAAGCUUAGCCCUAAAUUCAUUGGACCUUUUGAGAUUUUGAGUCGAGUGGGAGAGAUGGCAUAUAAGUUGGCCUUCCAACCUAGUUUGUUGGCAGUUCAUCCUACUUUCCAUGUCUCCAUGCUUCGGAAGUAUAUUCUGUAUGAGUCUCAUGUACUUUUACUUGAUUCAGUGGAUAUGGGUCUAGACUUUACAUUCGAGGAUAAGCCUAUAGCUUUAUUGGAUAGGCAGGUUCGAAAGCUUAGAACCAAAGAGACUGUGUCAGUAAAGGUGCAGCGAAAGCACCAUUCAAUUGGAGAGGCGACUUGGGAGAUGGAGUCGACAUGCGUGCUACAUAUCAUCAACUUUAUUAAGCUUCAGCAUGUUGAUGAGAUCUUGUCCCUUAUGCGCAAGCCAGGCACUAUAAUCAAACAGAUCUAA